AUGCCCUCCUGUGCCCACGCCAUGGGAGGCGUGCUCUCUCUGGGGCUAGCCGGCACUAUUGGCCCUUCCCUCCUCAUGAGCACGCUAGCUGUGCAUCUGGACACUCUUGCUCCCAGCAGCAGCAGUGCACUAACAGCAUGGUGGGGGCUGGCAGGGAGCAUGAAGGCCGUGUGGCUCUCAGCCUUUGCUGGUGGGACUGGGGGAGGGGCAGAAACAGGGGCAGCAACAGGGGCAACGGGGGCAGCAGGGGCAGCAGCAGGGGCAGCAGCAGGGGCAGCAGCAGCAGGGGGAGCAGGGGGAGCAGGGGGAGCAGGGGGAGCAGGGGGAGAGAGGGAGCGGUGGAAAGCGGUGCAGUUCGGUAUUGGGCAUGUGAAGAGGCAGUUGAGGCUCGUUGAACGGCUGCAAGAAAGUAGAAGCCACAGCCCUGCAAAGGAGCAGCUUCUAAAGUGGAUGAAGGCGCUGCUGACAUGGAAAGCCUCAGUUUCACUUCUUCUGUACAGCCCGCACAGCAAUAACAGAAGAAAUAACAGCAACACUGUCCAUAACAGCAAUAACUGUAACCCGUAUGCGGCUACCGUAGAACAGGGCAUGCGGAGCUGGCCAGACUCGUGGCACGAGGAACUGGUGCUUCACGGCACGGCGAUUUCGCCGUACACGCGACGCGUGAUCAUGACGCUUUACGAGAUGGGAGUGGAGGAUUUCGUGCACAUUCCGGUCAGCCCACUCACAGGCGGCACCAAGACACCCGAAUUCCUCAAAAUACAGCCCUUUGCGCGAAUCCCGGUUCUCGAGGAUGAUGGGCACGUCAUUUACGAGUCUCGCACACUUAUGAGAUACAUAGCUGACAAGCACAAGGACCGGGGGCCCAACCUCCUGGGAGAAACGCUUAUGGAUCGAGCACUGGUGAAUCAGUGGAUAGACGUUGAGGGGCAUACGUAUUCCCCGCCAGUGAUGAUUCUGGUGUAUGAGAGGGUGUUCAAACCUCAUCUGCACAAGCGGCCUUGCGAUGAGGAGAGAUGGAAGGAAGCAAGGGAGAAGCUAUCAAAGGUGUUGGACAUAUACGAGAAGCAUCUGGAAGGGGGGGACUACUUGGUCGGAGACUCUUUUACUCUCGCAGAUUUGACCCACCUGCCUUUUACGGAGCUUUUGCCGGCCGCAGGGGGAUUUGAUUUGAUUGAGAGCCGCCCGAACGUGAGCAGAUGGUGGGCGAAAAUAUCGGGGAGGGAUGCAUGGAAGAGAACUCAGCAGGUGGAGCCGUAUGAAUUCUAG